AUGACCAAUGGUGAUCAGGUCCGGAUCUUCUUCAACGGUUGUAAACUAGAAAUCCGGAUGGUUCUGAAUGGUGCAGCAGGUGGUAGCAUUAAGUCAAUGAGAGCAAAUGAGACUCUUGAAUUGAUUGAAAGAAUGGCUGCCAAUGAAAAUGAAGGGUUGUCAUCUAAGCCUAAGAGAGGCAUUCUUCACCUACACAACAGUGAUUCAGCAUUGGCUGAAAAUAAAUUGUUAUCACAGCAGAUGGCGAAUUUGACAUCAAGGCUUGAUAAAAUGCAGCUUUCUAGUGUCCAAGCUAAAGCUGCUUCAGUUAUUUGUGAAUACUGCAAGGAAAGCCAUGAUUCUAAUGAAUGUCCUACCUUACUGUCUGAUGAUCCUCCUCAACAGGUGCAAGUAAAUGGUAAUUGGUAUGACCAAAGACCUUUGCCACCAAAUAUUCCAAGGAUGAUGAAUUAUCCUUCAGGGAACAAUAACUUCCAAAGGAGGGUGCAAGUUACUGGUCUUGACUUCAAGUCCAAUAACUAUUUGCAGCCACCGCCAGUUCAACCGAAGGAACCUUCUGAGUUAGAGAAGCUAGUGGGACAAAUGGCCCAACAUUCCAAUGCUUUUAUGGAAGAGACUCGAGCAAACACUAGAAACACACAAGCUUCCAUCAGAAAUUUGGAGAGUCAGAUAGGCCAGUUGUCUAGGCAGUUGGCUGAAAGGUCUCAAGGACAGUUCCCAAGUGAUACAAUGCCAAAGAAAGUUGAUGAGCCAACACCUGAGCUGGAGCAUGAAAAAGAAGAACCUGCAAGGCAAGACAAAGAAGAAGCAAAGGAGAAAGCUGUGGAAGCUCCAAAGAAACUGAUGGAUUAUUCUCGUUUUGAGAAACCUCCUUAUCCCAUGAAGCUCAAACAACAGAAGAAGUUCCCACCAAAGCUUCAAGAUCCUGGGAGUUUCAACAUCCCAAUUGCGGUAGGUAACACUAAUGUUGGCCGGGCACUAUGUGAUCUUGGAGCAAGCAUCAACUUGAUGCCAUUGUCAAUAUGCAAGUCAUUGGGAAUUACUGAGUUGAAGCCAACCAUGGUCUUUCUUCAGCUUGCUGACCGUUCUUUGAGGAGACCUAAUGGAAUCAUAGAAGAUGUUCUUGUUAAAGUUGACAAGUUCAUCUUCCCAGCUGAUUUCAUCGUGCUAGACAUGGAGGAAGAGGGUGAAAUGCCCCUUCUGUUGGGUAGACCGUUCUUGGCCACAGCUCGAGCUAUGAUUGAUAACUCAUCUGACCACAGUGAUUGCUUCAGACUUGAUGUGGUUGAGGAAGCAGUCAAAGAGGUGGUUAUGGAAGAGAAAAGUGAGCUUCAAAAGCUUGAAGAAGAGUUGAAGGCUCUAGAUGAAGCUGCUCCAGAAGAAGAGCGAGCAACUGUCUUUGAGGUACUAGAAAAGAAAGAAGAUGACUCAGCUACAUUAGUACCAAAGGUGGAAUUAAAAGAGUUGCCUGAAACUCUUAAGUAUGCUUUCUUUGGAGACGAAGAACAAUAUCCUGCUAUCAUCAAUAAGGAAGUCCAUCAGCAGCAUAAAGAAAGUAAGCCAAAGGCUAAGAUGGAAAAGCCCAAGAGUAAAUAA